AUGUCUCUCAGCGGACCCGGCGGGCCCAUUAACCCAGAGGAGACGGAUAACUUCGAGGAGAUCGAGAAGCAGUUCGCUGUCAAAGGUGCGGCACGGAUCAUGAUCCUUCUCGGAGAAAUAUGCAGCGAUUGAAGCUGACGUGAAAACUGCAGUGGUUGAGCACAUGUCAACAUACUGGGCCAUUCUCGAGAAGCUUCCCGGAUCAAAGCUUCGUCUGACAAAGAUGGACGAUGAAAUCUUGGAACACUUCAACAAGGACUUUCCUGACUUCGACCUCAAGGCGACGAUCAACGAGGAAGAGAUGAAGAGCAAGGAAGGAAAGGAGAGGUGGAGGAACUUCAUCAACCAGUACGAGAAGAAGAUUGAGGAUUUCAACUUUGGGACUAUGUUGAGAGCCAACCCGGCUUGGGAGUAUGGGGAGAAAGAGACGAUAUUUGGUGAGUGCUGCCUUCAGAAGGAUAUGCACAGGCUAUUGACUGACUUGCGAUUCCAUAGCUGUCCGAAUGCAAUUCUAUGCGAUCGAGAUUGCGAGGUACGUCCAGUUGUCGGAAGGCUUGUUUUGAGGAACAUGCUGACAGAGCGUGCAGGAAUCGCGCCGGUCUGAACGACUGGAUCUAUGAGAAAGCCCAGGCGAAUGCAGGCAAAGCCUCAUGA